AUGUCCGCUUUAGGCGCCCAACCAGCGACCGCCAGCGAUGUCGACAUGGAGGCUUCUGGCGUUGAGCCUACUGCUCCACCACAUAGUUCUGCUACUGUCCCACCCACCCUGCCUGCUUUGGCUAAUACACCAUCCUGGGCCUCCAAAUUGGAGGAGCAGGACUGGAUCAUCGACCGCUUUGGUGGCCUUCUGUGCCACGUCAGAAACUCUGUGAGGGCUCUGGAGGAGGCCAUAAACAUCGCCAUCGACCACUCCAACCCCACUAUCUAUCUAGAUGACACCUCCCAUGUCAUCACCAUGCUCACCACUGCCAUCUGUGAGUUCCACAUCGAGCUGCUGACUGACUCUGGCCUCAACAACAUGGACCCUGGUAUGGUGGCUCUUCAAAUCCUCGACCACUUUUUCUGCCCCAACCCUGCCCUGGACGACGAGCUAGAGGAGGAGGAACAUGAACCAGAAUACCAACGCCCUCGCCGUGAUGAAGCUCUGUCCAUGAACAUUGACAUCCAGGCUGCCAUUGCCAAAGUGGUGGAGGACAGCAUCUGCAUGGGCAACACGGCCAUCACCACGAGGCUCUCGGCUAUCGAAGUGCAGCUCGCUUGA